CUUGCAUGAAGUUUGUUAUAAUUGUAAGAGCUUUUGUUGUUCGAGGAGACUUCAUGAUCUCUGUUGCAAGUGAGGGAGUUUCCCUUUGGCCGAAGUAAAGGAUACCACUAGUGAACCCUUCUGCUGUCAUUUAGUGAUGGCCCAAGGGGCAACCCAAGGAAGAUGCCCUAAGCCACAAUAGAUGGGGAACUUGGAAAAGGCAUUCCCUUGCCUUGAUACUUAAUACUAUUCUGGUCUGUUGCAUGCCGCCAGUUGCUCUUGGUACGUGCCUUAAUCUGCCCUCUUCAUGACGCCGAGAAACUGUCCAUGAAAAGAUUCUCCGGACCUGUCAAAUUCCUAAAAGCAAUUUAUUCCAAAGCAGCAAAGAAAAUGCAUUGUAGACCACAACUUGCAUUGGUUAAACCAAAGCCUAGACCGUUGUCUGGACCACCACCUGGUUUCCACCUUCUCACUGAUUUGUGGCUGGCCUAUCAAGACAGGAACUGUCGAGAUCUCCAUCUCCAUCUCCAUCUCGUCAGGACAAUACCACAGUACACAGCUCGUUGUGAUGCCAGCUUCAAGAAGGAGUUCCUGGAUGCCCACAAUGCGUAUCGCCGGAAGCACAGCGCUCCGGGCUUGACCUUGAGCAGGGAGCUCUGCUCCUCCGCCCAGGAGUGGGCCGACCAGCUCCUCGCAAUGAAGACCAUGCAGCACAGCAGCACCAAGCACGGCGAGAACCUCUACUACGCCUGGAGCUCCACCCCCAAGAAGCUGACGGGGAAGGAGGCAGUGGACAACUGGUACAACGAGAUCAAGGACUACGACUUCAGCAACCCUGGGUUCCACUCCAACACAGGGCACUUCACCCAGGUCGUGUGGAAGGACACGAAGGAAGUUGGAGUUGGGGUCGCCACUGAUGGCCAGACUGUUUUCGUGGUGGGCCAGUAUAGCCCUGCGGGGAACAUCUCCAACGACGGCUUCUUCGAGAAGAACGUGCUGCCAGCAGCAGAAUAAACAGCUGGAAGGGAUGACUAUGGAGGUGCCCCCUACCACACCGAGUCAGCCUGCAGCCUUUUCUAGUGCUCUCGCCUAUCCAAGCUGGGGGAGGGUCAGGCGUCCACACUCCAACAUGGGUGGAGGGGGCUCACCUCUGCUUUUAUAACCAGUUGCCAAAAUGUUUAAUUUUAUGCAGUAUUAAGCUUUGCAUUAUAAGUCUUAACAUAGAGCACACAUAUAUAUGCAAGCAAAAAUGUUGUAUAUGUAAUAUACAGCA